GGAUCGGUCUAGGAGUGAUGACAUGGUCACCAUUGGCAUGUGGCUUAAUCACUGGAAAAUAUGAAGAUGCCAUUCCAGAAAAUUCCAGGGCAUCAUUGCCGGGUUAUGAGUGGCUGAAGGCAAGAAUAACGAGUGAGGAAGGCCAGCUACAGCAAGCCAAGGUGACGGCCCUGCAGCCAAUCGCCGAGAAGAUCUCCUGCACCCUCACCCAGCUGGCGAUUGCCUGGUGCCUGCGCAACGAGACAGUCAGUUCCGUCCUACUCGGAGUAUCAGACGCUGGGCAACUACGUGAAAACCUAGCUGCUAUUCAGAUCCUUCCUCAGCUGACUCCACAGAUUCUCAGCGAUAUCGAGGUCAUCUUGACCAAUAAACCCAGCGUCAGAAGCGAAUUCAAGGCCUAGAGACUGAAAACGUGAAUUUCGGCAGCUCGCUUCAUCUUCUGUGAGCUUCUGCUCCGACCUCUCCCUCUUUUCUGGUUGACUUUCUGGGCCAUGUGGUAGCCCCAAAACAUCCAAUGACCCCCAAUGCCCAGUGUCCACUCCUGUCACUUGGCUGCACCUCUGAUGCCCCCCACAGGUGAAUAGUUUGCCCAUCGCUGAGUGCCAGGGAUGCAACAGAAGCAAGGGUGCUUCCUCAGAGUCCUUACCAUGUUGAGGAUUGCGUGCUUAGGCUGCAGGACAGCUGGGAGAAAUACAGGAGCACAUUUGGGAACCGUAGCUUGGAAAAAGGUCAUUGAAACAUAAUUGGAGGGUCAACAUCAAACAAUCUUGGUGUACAAGUCUCAUUCUGCUCUCUGAUCCUUCAGUGGCCCAGAACCCUCCCUAUCUCUGUAACCCCCUCCAGCCCCUACACCCCCUCCCUAUCUCUGUACCUCCCUUCUCUUGCACUAUCUGGGUGAAGGCAUUUCUAUUGAAGUCCUGACUGGAUUUAUUAGGGACAGUCUGAGAUGGGUAGUCAUGGUCUCCUCCCACAAAUGGGACACCCACCUUAUUGAAACCCCUUCAAAGACCACGAUCAGCUCCCACUGCCCUCAGCGUCCUGGCAAGCUGGUACUGCAGAAACAUUGAGUCUCUCCUGGGGUAGUUACCUCCCUCUCAAUCCCCCCAACCUAGUGACUGGCCUUUCUACCUCUCCCUUGUGUGUUGUGUCCUUUAAAGCAGGUGGGAAUUGCAGUACACAGUGCUCUGAGCGUGAUCUACACAUUUCGUCAACUUGACUAUCGUCCCCCUGCACUUCAGUUGUGACCAGCCAGCUAUGGUCAGCUUUAGCAUCAGCACAAGUCAGGCUUUUACUGAUUGAUAAUUAGCGACAGAAAUACUUACACUGACAAAUGGCUGACUGUUGGUGCUGAGAUUUCUGGGUAGUUUUUCCCUUUGGUGGCAGAGUUGGGAACCACAUGAAUGCAGAAAUAGCAAUACGGACCCGCGGGUGCGGUGGGGAGGGGGUUGUGCACGAGGAGAAUGUGCUUUUGACCCAUCGUGUUGGCAUGAUCCAGAAUGGUAAGGUCCUGGGGAGUGUCGCUGAACAAAGAGACCUUGGAGUGCAGCUUCAUAGCU